AUGUCUUUGGAAAACCUAAUACAGCCCCAGGACCUCUACGAGCUCGACGUAGGUGAAAUCAACGAUAACGACACUGAGUUCGACUACUACUCGGACUCGGGCUCUGAGUUUGAGCUUUCGGCACAGGAGCAAUGGGAGGAGAGUAUCAAGCAAGUCACCGGCCUUGUGAACUUUGUCUUGUUUCCCAUGAUUGGGAAGUUGCUUGGGCGUCGUACCGCACAUAUAGUGUGGAGACACUUUGCAGAGUGGUGGUUUUAA